AAAUACAUGACACUCCUCCCCCGGAUCGUAAUAGGGUGCACCCUUCUCGGAUCGUGCACAACCCUAACUAGAUAGGAAUACAGAAACUGCAUAACAACUUUUGUUAAAAAUGUGAGUGUUUUUUGUGUAACCCUUUCACUUUGGUACCAAAUCGAAAUAUUUAUAACAGACGAAUUUACUGGGUGUUGAAAAUAGGACAUUGUUUUGACUUAUCCUGCUAGGGUGUUGGGUUGUCGUAACUAGCUACUUGAUACCAAACGUUAGCUGCUAGCUAGCUAAACAACUAAUCAAGGGUUGGCAAAUCCUACAUUCUUUUUGGGCAAAUAGCCCCAUACAUUUGAGAAAUAACCAUUUCCCGAAAAGCAAAAAUACCAACUAUCAAACUUAAGGAGCUGGCGGAUGCUGGAUAGCUAACUACCACUGCCUACUAAGCUAUUCUUAUUCUCCUGGAUGGAAAGCUUGUGUGCAUGAGCACGCUUCCUUCCUGUACGUUCUGUUCUCUAGCUGGUGCAAAUGGAGUCAACGAUGGACCCAACGCCUAAUGUCACAGAUAACUUGUAUAAAAUGCAAUUCUAAAGGGAUUAGGUCUUGAGGGAAAGCUGACAGCUGACCAGAUUGCCAAAAAGUGGGAAAAUCUGAAGACUAGAUACAAGGAUUUAAAAUACCCUUUUCUUGGCAAGGACACUGUUUCUACUAGCAUAGCCUCCUGGCCAUGGUUCCAACUUAUGGAUGAGGCCAUGGAAGGACGCCUCUUCAACAGUGCCCACAUUUUGGCGGUGGAAUCUUUGGGUGGUGAGGAUCCGAGUGCUCCCUCGCCAUUAACCAACGAGAGAGAACAGGGGACCGAGGGUGCUGACAUUUUGGAGUUCUUGAUCAAAACGGAGAUGGAGGACAGUGCAGGGACAGGGAACUUGGAAAACAAUGCAACAGUUAACACUGAUGCAACUCAGACUGGGGCCUCUACUACUAUGGGCUGGCGAAGAAUGUCAGAAUGCUCAUAUAAAAUGACCGAGCUGGAGACGGAGAGAAUGAUAAAGCUGCGUGCCGUGAAUGAGGCCCUCUUCACAGGCAGAAAACAUACCGCUAAGCCAGCCUGGAGAGCUAUUUUGAAUGUGUUGGGUCUUCAGGGAAAGGUGACUACUGACCAGCUAGCCAAAAAGUGGGAUAAUCUCAAGAGGCGAUAUAAGGAGUUGAAAUGUCCAGCCCGCGGCAUGGAGAGCAACCCAAAUUCCUGGCCCUGGUUCUACCGCAUGAAUGAUGCUGUCGAGGGGCGUUUUGCCGGCUGCGCCCCCAUCCUGACGCCAGUAGUAGAGGAGGGUGAUGAGGAGUUUGAGCCCUCUCCACCACCAAGGAAGAGAGCUCGUCGGACACCAGGGAGGGGGGGGAUGUCGGAGUUCUUGACAGAGUCAGAAAUGGAUGAGCUGGUAGAAACAGAGGAUAGGAACGGUGCAGCCAUGUUCCCAGGGUCCGCCAUAGGGGAGUAUCACAGGACCACAGAAUUCUCAUAUAAGCUGACUGAGGAGGACACCAAGAGAUUGAUAGAGCUGCGUGCUUCUAAUGAGGCUCUUUUCACAGGAAAGAGAAAUACUGCCAAGCCUGCUUGGAGGGCAAUAGUGAAAGAGAUGGGCCUCGCAGGCAAGUUGUCUGCUGAUCAGGUCUCUAAAAAGUGGGACAACCUGAAGACAAAAUUCAAGGACUUGAAGUACCCGCCACGUGGCAUGGAGAACCAGAGCAGCCCUGCCUCCUGGCCUUGGUUCCAACUUAUGAACGAUGCCUUCGAGGGCCGACUGGCCGGGAGAGCCCCCAAAAUAACGCCUGUAUGGGUGAGCGAGGAAGACUACUUGUUUGUAUCCUCGCCGAUGCCUACAGAGAGAGACCCGUGUCCCAUGCCAGAGAGUAGUGGGAUUUCUGAGCUGGUAGAGGCAAUGGGACCAGGGGACACAGAUGUGGAUGGAACUGUUACGUUCAUUGAUGCCAGUGGAGAGGAGUGCCCCACACCUUUGGAAUUCUCCUAUAAAAUGACAGAGCAGGAUACGAGGAGGCUGAUCAAGUUGCGGGCUGCCAAUGAGGUUCUCUUCACUGGGAGGCGAAAUGCUGCCAAGACUGCAUGGAAGGCCAUUUUAAAAGAGUUGGGUCUCCUGGGAAAGGUGUCAACUUACCAGGUGGCCAAGAAGUGGGACAACUUAAAGAGGAGAUAUAAGGACCUGAAGUACCCUCCUGUGGGCAUGGAGAGCAUGGCAGACAAUGCUGCUUCCUGGCCAUGGUUCUACCUCAUGAACGAGGCCAUGGAGGGCCGUCUCGCUGCCAGCGGACCUGUCCUGACCCCUAUAACGGAUGGCGACGACCCAAAGCCUUCCCCUUUGCAGCCCAUUCGAAGUAGAGGACGCCCGUUGCUGGACAAAGGCGACACCACACUGGAGUACGACCAAGAGAUGUAUGCGGACCCCGCCACAGAGGAGUGCCACCGGGCCACAGCGGAGUGUGAGAGGGCCCUAAGAGAGGAGAGGUUGGGUAGGGGGCCAGCUGGGGCCACUGCUGCUCACAAGGGAGUGACACUGGAGAGAGAGUGGGAGAUGGUGGAGAGGGAGAGGGCAGCGAUAGAGGGGGAUAGAGCGGCAGUGGACAGAGAGCGGCAGUGGCUGGAGAGCGAGAGAGCCAACUUGGCAAGAGAGAGGAUGCUGUUGGAACAGGACAGGAUGGCCCUGGGGAGAGAGAGAGAGGCCUUUGAGAGCCAGAGGGCAGCAGUGGCGAUGAACAGCGCUACAGUGGUGCACACUGGACACAUCAACCACUGUGGGAUGGGGAUGUAGACUGAUGUUAUAGACAGAUUGGAAGCCAAGGACUGAUCAAGAGCUUUCAAGUUACUUGGAGAACAGACUUUUCAGCAUGUUUUCACCUUAUUGGCUCGAGAUUAAUCUCUUUUUACACUAUCUCUAAACUUAAUGGUUUGUUCAACUAAACCAGUAAGAGAUUUCAAUCUGUGACACUGCUCACUUGUUUUGAAUGAUAUUUGGAAAUUUGUCUGUGUUGUAUUUCUUUUGACAGAAAAGGCUAAUGAUAUAAGCCUUAAAGUUUUUGUGAUUUGACUCAGUUAUUCCAAUGACCUCACAUCGUCUUUUCAGUAUUGGUUGCAAUUACAGUAUAUUGUAAUAAAAAAAAAAGGCACCGUAAAGUGAGAACUGAACGCUUAAAACAGUUCUAACUUUUAAAAUGUCUCUGAAAGCUGUUUUCACUUUCAAACAAUUAAAACGCUGUAAAGUACUGCUAA